CACAUUAUUGUGACAUUUCUGUCCCAGAUCUUUUUAAUCUGUGCUCUGAAUAGCAAGACGUGUGUGUGGUGUCUUUUUAGAUUUUUAUGAAAUUCGUGAAUGUGUUUCGAAAAUGGCAGAUACCGAGGUAUUGAAGAAACUAAAGGAUAUACCGUUCAAAAUCCAAACCGCAAGUUUGAAAGGUAGAAGAGAGGUUGUAAACGAAAUUUGCGAAGUAUUAUCCUCGCCAGGUAUCACUGAGCCUGUAGUUAGGUUUGUCUGCCGAGUGCUGGCAUUGACGCUGCACCGAUACAGAGAUGCCACCUCACAGUCGUAUAUCAAGGAUCUCAUUGCGUGUCUCGCGACCCACCACCGAGAAUGGACACUGAAGAAUCUGUUACCAGUGUUGCUUGAGAUAUCUGAACAGCUGAAGAAUACUGCUACUUCUAAGAGCACAUGCCAAAGUGGUCUAUAUGCCCUGCGAUGGUCUACAGUCCUUGUGGAGUGCACCUUAAAGGCGCCUGAGCAGACCAUUGAUGACUAUAACACAUUAGUGUUGUCACAGGCCAAUCUUCUCGCAGUGGUUACAGCUUAUGGAAAUAAAAAGAAAAAUGAAAAAGCAUAUUCUAUGCUCCAUUACUCGUGGAAUACCAUCGGCAAGGAAAAAGUCGCAAAGUGGAUGGAAGUGUUGCUCGCGCAGGCGCCGGACUCCGGCCCGCACGUGUGCGUCGCCUUCUCAGCGCUCUGCAGGCAUUACAGACAAACCGCGCAGGAGGAUGACAUCACUAAACAUAAGACAAAAAUGCUCGAAAGCUUUACAAAGAGCCUGAUUAGCGUGAAGAGUCGUCCAAACGCAAAUUACAUCAACGGCUGCGCCUCCUUACUGCAAACGCUGGACAAAGCCGAGGUGCAGGAGACGCUGCUGCCUGCACUGCACAAGGCUAUGCUGCGCAGCCCCGAAACUAUCAUCCAGGCAGUGGGAGAGGUGGUGGCCAACCUGGACAUAUACCUGGAUGGCAUCGCUGUUGAAAUUGGAAAGAGUUUAAUUGUGAACGUACACUCGAAGGACGUGUGGGUGCGUGCACAAGCGGCGGCGGCGCUGGGCCGCCUGGCGCGUCGCACGCGGGACGUCGCCGCCGCGCGCGACCUGCUGCGCCACGCCGCCGCGCACUACCACGGCGCCGCCGGCAAGCUCACCUCCAGCGAGGAUAAAAUCGCCGUGCUGCAGGCUCUAAGCACGCUGAGCGAGUUCGCAGUGACAGCGGAGGAGCGCGUGUCGUUGUACGCAGAGGCGGCGACGCAGGUGUCGCGCGUGCUGGACUCGGAGUCGCACGAGCGCACGCUCGUGGCCGCGCUCGACGUGCUCAAGCAGUGGACCAACACGCUCGGCGGACCGCUGCCGGAGAACCUGCUCGAUAUAUUCAAGAAAAACCUGUCUGCUAAGAGCACGACGCAGGCGGUGCGCACGGCGUACAUGAGCGUACUGAGUUGCGCGCUGCGAGCGUGUAUCGCUGCGCCCGCGCACGCCGCCGCGCUCGCGCCACUGCUCACCAAGCCGGUUGAGAAGGCGGCGCAGCAGCCCACGCAGCACCUGGUAGUAAGCGAAGGCGUGUGCGCAAUGCUGGGCUUAGUGCUGUUGGACUCGGGCCGCGAGCUGCCGACCCGCGGCGCGCUGUGGACGACGCUGGCGCAUCCCGACAAGCACGUGCUGCUGCAGGACCGCCUGCUCAGCGCCGCCAGCGAUGACGUCCUAAUGCAGGUGGUGUUGCUAUGCACGACUGUGUUGGAAAACUACCAAAGUGUGGCCAGCGAGCAAAACUCGCCGGUUUACAGAGCGCUGGUGCUGAUGCUGCUCUCCACGGCCAAGAGCGUCAGGUCCCUCGCGCUCGAGGAGACUAAGGCGAUGAUGGCCAAGGCUCCGGGAGCCAGUAUUGCCAAGAACCUGGUGAUGAAGCUCAACGAAGUGCUGGAGGAGGGCAAGGUGUUCAACGUGAAGGAGAAGACGCCGCCCGAGGAGAAGGCGUCGGAAGUCACCGGCAAGAUGAUACUGGAUUGUGUGCAUGCAUUGUGCUCUUAUAAACAGUAUCCCACUGAAGACCUCGAGCCAUUAGCCAUAGAGGCUUUGCGCUGCUGCCAUCAUCCACUGGCCAUGGCAGUGAACAAGCAUGCAUGGACCAAAGUGGUAGUAUAUCUCGGCCUACAGCCUAAGAAGUUGGUGGGGAUGUAUGCCAACAACCUAAGGAAUAUUUACAUCAGUGAUUUCACCCCUAAUGAGACGAUGUCAAACGUGGUGUCGACGCUGGUGCGCGUGAACGCGGAGGUGGUGGCGGGCGGCGCCGUGCAGCACGCGCUGCACGCGCUGUGCGACGGCGAGCUGCUGCGCGUCACGCGCGACGAGUACUUCACCUACCUCACGCCCGACGGAGAGCUCUACGACAAGAGCGCCGUGCCCGGCAAUGAUGACAGCAAAGAGAUGAACCUAAAGCGUGAGAGCAAAGCGUAUAGCUAUAAGGACCAGCUGGAAGAGCUGCAGCUGCGCCGAGAGCUUGAGGAGAAGAGACGCCGAGAGGGAAAGCUCAAGGAGGUCCAACUGACGGUGAAACAAAAAGACGCCAUCAAAGCACAACUGGCCAAGGAAAGUGCCAUCAGACAGAGGCUCAGUGUGCUGAACGGUCGCGUGGUGGCGGCCGUGGAGCUGCUGUCGGCGGUGGUGCGCGGCGGCGGCGGCGCGGGCGCGGCGGCGGCGCGGCGCGUGGUGCCCGCGCUGCUCGCCGCGCUGAGCUCCCCGCUCGCCGCGCCGCGCGCCGCCGCCGCCUUCAUGCGCCUGCGCACGGCGCUGCUGCCCGACCACGCGCUGCUCGCCGAAACUGUUGCCAGGCUCACCAUCCGACUACACAAGCCGCAGUGCGACCUGGAGCCGGGCUGGGAGGACGAGCCGCUGGAGUCGGGCACGGUGCGCGCCAUCAACAUGCUGUACGCCGCCACCGCCGGCAUGAAGACUGACACAGAUGACGACGAGCUCCCCACCAAGGUGAACCACUUCAGCGCGCCAGGGUUCUGCUAUGUGUUCCCGCUGCUUAGCCUCGGCUUGACGCCGACGCUGGCGGAGGAAGACGAGCAGUCCGUGCUGAACGGCCUGGCGGUGAUCACGCAGCACGCGGCGCUGCGCGGAGACCCCGCCGCGCGCCGCGACCUGCUGCACCCCGCGCUCUUCCCCAUAGACCACAUGUACACCAUGCUCAUCGAACUCAUUGGUGAGACUGUUGGGCGGGUGCAGGUGGCGUGUACGGUGGCACUGCUAGAGACGGCCGCGUGUGCUGCGCUGGCGCCGCUAGCCGUUUCCGACGUGGACCGUCUUCUCGCCGGUCUGCAGAGCCCAGACCAGGCGGUGCGUGACGCGUCGUUGCGCGCGCUGCUGUGCCUCACCGAGGGACUGCCGGCGCUGUUCGAGGACGCAGACUACGCUCUCACGCUCACCAAGCGUCUGCUCGUCGCCACCUUCGACGUACAGGAGGAUAACAAAAAAUUAGCAGAAGAGCUAUGGGCGAAGCUGCCAAUAGGCCAACAAUGGAGUCGUGAGCCGGUACUAGUAGAGCUAAUGCUGCAAGAGAUCCAGCACCCAGCGGAGCCGGUGCAGCGAUCCGCCGCGCAUGCGCUCGCGCACUUAGUAGAACGCGUUGGCGCAGACCCUACCGAUGUGCUGCAACGGCUGCAAGACAUUUAUAAAGAGAAGCUGCCGCUGAUCCCGGAGAAGCUGGACCAGUUCGGACACGUGGUGGAGCCCGCGCUGGACGCGUGGACGUGCCGUCGCGGCGUGGCGCUGGCGCUGGUGUCGCUGGCGCCGCUGCUGCCGACUGGUGCUGCGCCGGCCGCCGCGCGGUUCUUCGUGCACCACGCGCUCGCCGACCGCAGUGAGCACGUGCGCGCGCGCAUGCUGGACGCCGCCAUGGCACUCGUCGAGCUACACGGCAAGGAGACAAUCAGCAGCCAGCUGCCCGUUUUCGAGGAGUUCCUCGAUAAAGCGCCCAAGUCUGGUGGCUACGACGCCGUGCGCCAGGCCGUCGUGCUGCUCAUGGGCUCGCUCGCGCGCCACCUCGAGCCCGCCGACCCGCGCAUCCGACCCAUCACGCUGCGACUCGUCGCCGCACUCUCUACGCCCAGCCAGCAGGUCCAAGAAGCAGUAAGCAACUGCCUGCCGCACCUGGUGAGCUCGCCGGCGCUCGAGGAAGAGAUCCCCAACAUCAUGAACAAGCUGAUGAAACAACUCCUCACCGCAGAGAAAUAUGGCGACAGGAGGGGCGCGGCGUACGGCAUCGCCGGCAUCAUCAAGGGGCUCGGCAUCCUGUCGCUGAAGCAGCUCGACGUGAUGGGCAAGCUCACCGAGGCCAUACAGGAGAAAAAGAACUACAAGUACAGAGAAGGCGCGCUGUUCGGCUUCGAGCUGCUGUGCCACAAGCUGGGCCGCCUGUUCGAGCCGUACAUCGUGCACGUGCUGCCGCACCUGCUGCUGUGCUUCGGCGACAGCUCGCAGUACGUGCGCUCGGCGGCGGACGAGACGGCCAAGCUCAUCAUGAGCCGCCUCAGCGCGCACGGCGUCAAGCUCGUGCUGCCCUCGCUGCUGCAGGCGCUGCAGGACGACAACUGGCGCACCAAGGCCGGUUCCAUCGAGUUGCUCGGUGCAAUGGCGUACUGCGCGCCGAAGCAGUUGUCGUCAUGCCUGCCUUCCAUCGUGCCAAAACUGAUAGAGGUGCUGAGCGACUCGCACAUGCGCGUGCAGGAGGCUGGCGCCGAGGCCCUGAAGGUUAUCGGCUCCGUCAUCAGGAACCCCGAGAUUCAAGCCAUCGUACCGGUGCUGCUCAAUGCGCUUCAAGAUCCCUCGAACAAGACGUCAGCGUGUCUCCAAACGCUGUUAGACACGAAGUUCGUGCACUUCAUCGACGCGCCGUCACUGGCACUGAUCAUGCCGGUGGUGCAGCGCGCGUUCCUCGACCGCAGCACUGAGACGCGCAAGAUGGCCGCGCAGAUCAUCGGUAACAUGUACUCACUCACCGACCAGAAAGACUUGCUGCCAUACCUGCCCAACAUCAUACCAGGCUUGAAGAGUUCCUUGUUGGAUCCAGUGCCGGAGGUGCGAAGCGUUUCAGCACGAGCUCUCGGUGCUAUGGUGAAAGGCAUGGGCGAGAGCAGCUUCGAGGAGCUGCUGCCGUGGCUCAUGCACACCCUCACUUCGGAAACCAGCUCGGUGGACCGCUCCGGCGCUGCACAGGGUCUGUCUGAAGUAGUUGCCGGACUCGGAGUGCACAAACUGCAUAAGAUCAUGCCAGACAUAAUCGCAACAGCGGAGCGCACGGAUAUCGCGCCGCACGUGAAGGACGGCUACAUAAUGAUGUUCAUCUACAUGCCGGGCGCGUUCACGGACGAGUUCACGCCGUACAUCGGACAGAUCAUCAACCCGAUCCUCAAGGCGUUGGCAGAUGAGAACGAGUACGUGCGCGAGACGGCGCUGAAGGCAGGACAGAGGAUCGUUAACUUGUACGCAGAGUCGGCGAUCACGCUGCUACUGCCGGAGCUGGAGAAGGGCCUGUUUGAUGAUAACUGGAGGAUCCGGUAUAGCUCCGUGCAAUUGCUCGGUGACCUGCUGUACCGCAUAUCGGGCGUGUCGGGCAAGAUGACGACGGAGACGGCGUGCGAGGACGACAACUUCGGCACGGAGCAGUCGCACAAGGCCAUCAUCAACGCGCUCGGGCCGGAGCGCCGCAACCGCGUGCUCGCCGGCCUCUACAUGGGCCGCAGCGACGUCGCGCUCAUGGUGCGCCAGGCCGCGCUGCACGUCUGGAAGGUGGUUGUGACCAACACGCCGAAGACCUUGCGCGAGAUCCUGCCGACGCUAUUCGGGCUGCUGCUGGGCUGCCUCGCCUCCACCAGCUACGACAAGAGGCAGGUCGCGGCAAGGACGCUUGGAGACCUCGUCCGGAAGCUGGGCGAGCGCGUGCUGCCGGAGAUCGUGCCCAUCCUGGAGCGCGGCCUGCGCUCGCCGCGCGCCGACCAGCGCCAGGGCGUCUGCAUCGGCCUCGGCGAGAUCCUCGCCUCCACCUCCAGGGACGCCGUGCUCAGCUUUGCAGACGGACUGGUGCCGACCGUACGCACGGCACUAUGCGACCCUCUGCCGGAGGUGCGGCUAGCGGCGGCGAGAACUUUCGACUCGCUGCACGCCACUAUUGGCAACAAAGCCCUAGACGAUAUCCUGCCGCCCAUGCUGGACCAGCUCCACGACCCAGAUCCUGCAGUGGCUGAUGCUACACUAGAUGGACUCAAGCAGGUGAUGGCGAUAAAGUCUCGCGCGGUGCUUCCGUACCUGAUCCCGGUGUUGACGAACGCGGGCGGCCCCGGCGGCGUGGACACGCGCGCGCUGUCGGCGCUGGCGGCGGCGGCGGGCGGCGCGCUCGGCCGCCACCUGCCGCGCGUGCUGCCCGCGCUGCUCGCCGCGCUCGCCGCCGCGCGCGGCACCGACCAGGAGCCCGUGGAGCUCGACCACUGCCGCGACGCGCUGCUGCCCGUCGCCGACGCGCCCGGCGUCAGAUGCAUCGUCGAUAGCCUGCUGGAGGCGGUGCGCACGGGCACGGACUCGAAGCGUCGCGCGGCGGCGGCGCUGCUGUGCGCGUACGUGGGGCACACGCGCGCCGACUUGGCGCCGCACGUGCCGCAGCUGAUGCGCGGCCUGCUGCUGCUGUUCGCGGACGAGGACCCCGACGUGGUGAUGAUGGCGUGGGACGCACUGUCUGCGCUCACCCGCACGCUCGACGUCGAGCGACAGAUAGCGCACGUGUCCGACGUGCGGCAAGCCGUGCGCUACGCCACAGCGGACCUGAAGGGCGAUUUGCUACCAGGGUUCUGUCUGCCUAAGGGCUUAACGCCGAUCCUGCCGCUGUUCCGCGAGUCGAUUCUGAAUGGUCUGCCAGAGGAGAAGGAGAACGCGGCUAUGAUGCUGGGCGACAUCAUCAAGUUGACGAGCCCUGACUCCAUUCAGCCGUCGGUGGUGCACAUCACCGGCCCCCUCAUCCGCAUCCUCGGCGACCGGUUCAACUCGAGCGUUAAGGCGGCCGUGCUAGAGACGCUCGCACUGCUGCUGUCUAAGGUCGGCGUGAUGCUGAAGCAGUUCUUACCACAACUCCAAACGACAUUCCUGAAGGCAUUAAAUGACACCAGUCGGCCGGUGCGCAUCAAGGCGGGCGUGGCAUUGUCACAGCUGGUGGUGAUCCACACCCGGGCCGACCCACUGUUCGUGGAGAUGCACAACGGCAUCAAGAACACAGAGGACCCCGCCAUCCGGGAGACGAUGCUACAAGCGCUGCGCAGCAUAAUCACGGCCGGCGGCGAUAAGAUGUCGGAGCAGUUGACGCUGGCCAUCUUGUCGACACUGACCACCCCGGCGCUACUGGCGCACCCCGAGGACCCUCCGCGCGGCGCCGUGGGCGGCUGCCUGGGCGCAUUGUUGCACUGCCUACCCGCCGCACACCGCGACGCCGCGCUGCUACACCACGUGCUCGCCGCCGCGCAUCCCCCCACACACCCGCCCGAAGACUGGCUGUUAAUUCACGGUCGAUCGUGUGCGCUCUUCGUCGCGCUAAAGGAGACUCCGGAUCACGUGUACAGAGAUCCUUAUGAAGACAAAGUGGAGAAGACGCUACUCUCGUAUCUCGCCAGUGAUAAAACUCCUAUAGUGUGCAACGGCAUCCGCGGCAUCGGGUACCUGAUGCGCUACCUGCUCGAAAACGAUAAACCUGUACCGCAAAAUAUCCUCUCACAGUUUGUCAGGAGCAUGAACCACACGAGUAACGAGGUGAAGCAGCUGAUGGCCCGCGCGAGCGCGGUAGUGGGUCGCGAGGCGCGGCUGGAGCGCGGCGCAGGCGGCGACGUGCUGCGGGCGCUGCUGCCCGCGCUCGUCAACGGCACCAAGGAGAAGAACACGUACGUGCGCGCCAACGCCGAACUCGCACUGCGCGCCGUGCUGCGUCUGCCGCACGACGAACAGUUCCACCAGCAAUGCAUGUCUCUACUGGACGAGGGAGCGCGCGAGGCGCUGGCGGACGUGGUGGCGCGCGUGCUGCGCCGCGCACACUCCGACGGACGCGACGAGGACCUCGACUGCACGCUGCUCACUUGAGCACCACUCUACUCCUUAAGAAUAUAUAUUUAAUUUUAUGGAA